AUGUCGGAUCACAGGACAAAAAAGCGGAAACUUGGAGAUGGGCUAGGCAAUGGGCCGCUCGACACUUUCAAGCCCUCUGCUAGAUUUCAGCCCCUAGGAGGUAGAGAAUGGACGGUUUCUGUCGCUGUCCCCACAAGCGUCAUCGCUGACUGUGUCACUGCUGAGCAGCGGAUCGGCCCUCCAUCCCGUAUCGCCAGAGCGCUUGCUGUCUUUGCCAUUGACGAGGUGGUCGUCUUCGAUGAUAGCCCCGUGAACUCGCGCCUUCCCGCCGUCGACUAUGACAGCUACACUGGCGACACAGACCCCUGCCAUUUCAUGGAGCAUCUAUUCUCGUACAUGGAGACUCCCCCUUUCAUGCGUAAAGGUCUUUUCCCUCUCCACCCUAACUUGAGGCUGCAAGGUCUUCUGCCAAGUCUGGAUAUGCCACAUCAUCCCCAUAGAGAUGAACAGUUGCCGUACAUGGAAGGCAUGACGGUGGCAGGAAGACCAGAAAGCGGCAGCGGAACGCUCGUGGAUAUUGGUCUCCGGCAACCGAUCACCAUCAAAGAUUCCAUACCGCCAAAGACGAGGUUGACUUUGAACUUCCCGAAUCAGUCCUUCGAGGGAGCUGAACCGGUUCAUCCCACGGCACCCCGUACGGAUGCUGGGUACCACUGGGGCUUCAACGUCAGGAAGGCCUCCUGUCUGUCGAAUGUUUUCACGGAAAGCCCAUGGGAGGAUGGUUACGACAUGAGCAUUGGCACGUCGGAGCGAGGCGUACCGGCCUCGAAAGCCUUCCCUCCAACGCGCAAGGCAAAGUUCAACCAUCUUCUGAUUGUGUUUGGCGGACCUCGUGGCUUGGAGUACGCCGCGAUGAACGACCCGGAAUUGAGCGAUAUUGGCAUUGGCGGUGGAAAGACAAAGGAGCUGUUUGACCAAUGGAUCAAUGUGCUUCCUGACCAGGGUAGCAGGACUAUCCGGACGGACGAGGCUGUCUACAUAGCCUUGACAGAACUACGGCAUUUGUGGUAUGAAGGCUAA